CACAGAGACGACCACCUGGUGGAGGCAGGUUAAGGCUUUUGUCGGAGGAGCAAGAGAGGGAACUUGUAAACAUGGUAAUUGCAAAUAAUGUAAUCCGCCUGCAAGAGAUUCAAAGGAGAGUGAUUGAGGAUGAUCAUCUUUUUCGAGGCAUAAAUGCCAUCAGCCUCUCCACAAUUGACCGCAUCCUCCGAAAGAAUCAAUUCCGGAUGAAACAGGCAUACCGAGUCCCUUUCGAACGAAACUCUGACAGAGUGAAAAACCAACGUGUGGAAUAUGUUCAGAGAAUCUUUGAGAUUGAAGGACGGCCUGUUCCCCAUGAAAUGAUCUUUGUGGAUGAGGCAGGUUUUAACCUGACCAAAAGAAGGAAAAGGGGGAGGAACAUAAUUGACCAUCGGGCUAUUGUAAAUGUCCCUGGUCAGCGUGGGGGGAAUGUCACUAUGUGCGCAGCCAUCAGCCAACGAGGGGUACUCCACCGCCAUGCCGUACUAGGACCCUAUAACACUAUGCUUCUCCUUGCUUUUCUUGAUGGUUUAAGACAACAUAUGUUCCAGCUGGACUACAGGGAACCAGCACAGCCAGAGCAGCCUCACUACGUUGUUGUGUGGGAUAACGUCAGCUUCCAUCGCGCUGCUCUGGUUCGUGACUGGUUUACCAAUAACCCAAGGUUUUCUAAUAUCUUUCUGCCUGCAUACUCCCCCUUUCUGAACCCGAUAGAGGAGUUAUUUUCGGCAUGGCGGUGGAAAGUGUAUGACCGAGAACCUUGUGUCCGUGUUCACCUCCUUCAGGCCAUGGAAGAGGCCUGCCUAGACAUAUCAGUAGAUGCAUGCCAGGGGUGGAUCAGGCAUGCAAGAGGAUUUUACCCCCGCUGCCUGGCUGGGGCCAAUAUAGCCUGUGAUGUGGAUGAGAUUCUCUGGCCUGACCCAGACCAAAGACAAGAUGCUGUGGUGGGAUAAUGUUUCUGGUGUGUGUUGUACUGUAUAGUACAUGAAUGACAAUGUGCCACUGUACAUACAUUGGUUGCGUCUUUUGUGUUUAUCAUGUGACAAGGGUUUUGAAGGGGAGAACCAUAAGCAACCUAAUUGUUUUGGAACUAUUGUUUUGAAUUAAUUGUACCAGUGUGCAAAACUCUGUUGUAGUGUGUGUGUUUUUGAGGGCUUGUGUUUGAUGUCUGAGGGCAAAGUUCGGUUUUUCAGCAGGAGUGAAUAGUUUUGGGUGUAGAGCUUCAUUUUGACCUGGAAAUAGGAUGUUUGGGGAAUUGAGUGAGAUGUUAUGGAUUUGUGUUUACUGUUGUGCGGAUAUGAGGCGUAGUUUCAAGAAAUGUGUUUUAGCAAUCGAGAAAAACUGUAAU